UUUUUUUUUUGUCCUUUGUCCCAUAACAGAUCACGAUCCCUCCUAUAGCAUCCGCCUGAAAUUUUUUGGAGCUUCCCAGUUGCGCUCCGGGCCUCUUGAAAAUCGGAUCCGAGUAUCAAAGGUUUCAGGGAAAAAAUGAAGCAUUCGAAGGAUCCGUUUGAAGCAGCGAUAGAGGAGGAGGAGGAGCAAGACGAAUCACCGCCGGAAUCACCCGGAGGCGGAGGCGAUGAGGAGGGACGGAUUGAAAUCGACCAGGCUCCGGAGGAGAGUGAGAGAGACGUGGGUGGUGGUGUUCGCCGUCAGAACAAGAAAUCUAAAACCUCCUCCUCCGUUGUUGUUGUUGCUGAAGGGAAGAACAAAGAUGAAGAUGAAGAAGAAGAGGAAGAGAACAUGGAAACUGAGCUAACCAAGUAUCCAACUACUGCUGAUCCAGCUAAGAUGGCCAAGAUGCAGGUCAUUUUGUCGCAGUUCACUGAGGAUCAAAUGAGCAGAUAUGAAUCUUUUAGGAGAUCUGCUUUUCAAAAAGGAAACAUGAGGAAGUUAUUGCAGGGAGUGACAGGGAGUCAGAAGAUCAGUAUGCCAGUUAUAAUUGUGAACUGUGGUAUCGCAAAGAUGUUUGUUGGUGAACUAGUUGAAACAGCUAGAGUUGUAAUGGGGGAAAGGAACGACUCAGGACCUAUCAGACCUUGCCAUAUCAGAGAGUCUUAUAGGAGACUUAAGCUCGAAGGCAAAGUACCUAAAAGAUCUGUUCCACGUCUUUUCCGCUAAGUCAGAACAAGAUCCAAAAGAGGAGUUACUUUCUCAGCCCCAUUAGAUAUGAGUCUACGGAGUUAAGCUGGAGUGAUUUGCCUGUCAGUCGCAUUGGAAAGGAUAUUUCUCUGGUCGGUUAUAUUGUUCUUCGUUGCUGCGAAACUUUGUGAUAAAACUCUUUGCUUUGAGUACCUAUAAUCAAUCUAUCUUUGUAUGCAGAUCUUUUUACCUUUUAUGUGCUGAUCUGAUGUACUUGGGUUUCAGGUUUUCGUUUGUAAUUGGUUCAGUUUUAAUAAUACUGGGUUAUUUGGUUUA